AUGACAGAACCCAUGAUUACUGAUCAACCAAGUCCAGUUAUAGCUGAGAAUGGUCAACCAACAAAUUCUAAUGAAAAGAAACUUGCUUUUCAAAACAUACCACGUUUGCCACGUGAAGUAACUCCGUUUGCAUCUUUUACAAAUGUAAUUGAACUUGAUCAACGUGGUCCAUUAUUUCAAGGACCUGGAGCCAAACGUGAUACUGGACGCUAUAAAGUUCGACCCGCUGAUGAUGAUAGUAUGAAACGUGCAAAAAAAUUCUCCAUGGAACAAAGUGUUAAGUAUGUUCUUGUUAGACAACAGCAACAUCAACAACGUGCACAAUUAGAUUUAAUUAAAAAACAACAAGCACUUUUAUUAAUGUGCCGAAUUUAUAUUGGAAGUAUUAAUUUUGAGUUAAAUGAAGCUAUGCUUAAACAAGCGUUUCAACCAUUUGGUCCGGUUAAAUCAGUUUCAUUAACAUUUGAUCCUGUGACGAAUCGUCAUAAAGGUUUUGCUUUUCUUGAAUAUGAAACACCAGAAGCGGCACAAUUAUCUAUUGAACAAAUGAAUGGAGUCAUUCUCGGUGGACGAAAUAUUAAAGUUGGCCGACCAUCGAAUAUGCCACAAGCACAACCAAUUAUUGAUCAAUUAACAGAAGAAGCUAAGAACUAUAACCGAAUUUAUAUUGCUUCUAUUCAUCCAGAUUUAACGGAAAAAGAUAUUCAAAGUGUAUUUGAAGCUUUUGGAAAAAUCAGAAGUUCUUCAUUAUCAAAAGAUACAGCAACAGGAAAACAUAAAGGUUACGGUUUCAUUGAAUAUGAGACAGUUCAAGCAGCACAAGAUGCAAUUAAUUCAAUGAAUCUAUUUGAUCUUGGUGGACAAUUUCUUCGAGUAGGCAAAGCAAUCACGCCACCUGAAGGUUUAUUUGCAUCGGCUCAGCCAGUAACAAGUCAAAUGCCAACAGCUGCAGCAUUAGCCGCUGCUACAAUCACAGCUCAAUUACAAGCAAAAGAUGUUGAAACUAAUUCACAGCCGAUUGUUACUGCAUCACAAAUUAUGAAUAAUCCACUAACACAAGUUAGUUAUCUUGGUGGUACCAUUGCACCAACAACAGUUGCAGCUGCUCUCUCUGCUGCUUCUUAUGGUGGCGCAUCUGCUGUUACAUCGAUGAUUUCUACUAUACUCAAUCCUACUAAUGCUAUAACAAAUGUCAUUCCUCAACCAUCAAUUAUUGGUUCGCCUGGAGUUCUUUCGAAUUUUGCUACACCGAUGGCUACUAGCCUUCCUGUCUCUUCACCAACGCAACAAGUGCUAAAGCCAUCGCUACCACCACCUCCUCAAGUAAUCAAUCCACCAACACCAACAUCAUUAUCAAUUCCACAACCUAUUCUAUUGGAAGAACCACCAAUACCUGUUGGGUUUCAAGUUGAUUUACAAUCUCAACAACAGCAACCUCAGCAACAGCAACAAUAUCCAUCAAUUUCACUUGUUCUGCCAAAAAAUCAAUCGUUAACAAAUUUAGAUACAACUGAAAAUCGAAAAACAGUUGCAGAUUUAAAAAAUGCUGAUGAUCCUUUGGCUAGUUUAUCUCAACAGGAAGAGCUUAGCGUUAAAGGCCGUGAACAACGACAUUUGUUAAUGCAAAAAUUAAAUCAACGUCGACUUGAUUCUCGUGUAUGUGUAUUACGAAAUAUGGUUGGUGCAGAAGAUGUUGAUGAUGAUUUACAACAAGAAAUUACAGAAGAAUGUUCAAAAUAUGGUGAAGUUAAUAAAGUUGUUAUUUACACUGAACGACAAGGUGAAGAAGAUAAUGCUGAACAAAUUGUGAAAAUUUUUGUGGAAUUCAAAAAUAGUAAAGAGGCGGAAAAAUCAGCAGAAUCGCUCAAUGGUCGAUGGUUUGGUGGUCGGAUGGUAAAAGCUGAAUUAUAUGAUCAAGCUGCUUAUCAAGCUGAGGAUCUUUCGGGUUAA